AUGGAGAUGGACCCCGCUCUUCCCCCUGGAAUGUGCAGCUCCUGUUUCGAAGCUACAAUAGCAGCUAUAUCCUUCAGAAACCUUUGCACGCAGUCGGCGCAUCACUGGCUCGAGGCUGCGACCUAUUUGUCUCAAAUUCACCCGCCAACGAAUGAGGAUAAGGCUUAUUUUAUAUUUUAUAAUGAUGAAAAAACUAUAAUUAAAGACCAAGUAGACAAAGUCCCAACAAAGCAAGCCGCCUUGGAAAGGUUAAAUUUAAGGUAUCAGGAUAAACCGGAGAAGGUCCGCCGGCCUAAGCGAACUCAUGAUCCAACUGCUAUUUGCAAAUGCCCGGAUUGUGGAAAAGUGUUCUCAGUUCCAGAUUACUUAAAUUGUCAUUUAAGAAAUACUCUUAAGCGAGCUUGUACAAGUUGUGGGGUUGUUAUGUCGAAGAAAAAGAUGGCGAAACACAUGGCUUUAGAACACGAUCUCCUAGUGACUGAUUGUACUAUUUGUUACAAGUUGUUUGAUGACGAAUUCGACUUGAAAAAUCACUUGAAAGAGUUCCACGGAGAAAAUAUUCAUUGCUGUAGUGUCUGUGGCAAUGGUUACACUAACGAGAGAGCCUUGAGGGCUCAUCUGUAUUCUCAUUCGCUGUUUCAUUGCAAAUCGUGUAGCCUAAGCUUUGAAAAUAUAAAAUGUUACAAAUAUCACCAAAAGCAAUGUAAAAUUGUUGAGCAUCCAACUUUUAAACACUUCACAUGCGAUUUAUGUGGAGUUACAUACAACCGGAAGCCUUCGUUACGGAUCCAUAUCGUACAGAAACAUUUAAAUGUUCUCCCAUACGUUUGUCAGACGUGUGGGAAAAGGACAUCUACGCUAGCACAUUUGAGAUCGCACGAGAAAGUUCAUAAGACUGAACGUAAAAUAUAUCAAUGUUUUUGUGGAGCUAAAUUGCGAACUGAACUUGGAUACCAACUCCAUCAGAGAAUACAUACUGGUGAACGGCCUUACGAAUGUGAAUUCUGCGGGGAUAGAUUUUUGUCUUCAUCUAGAAGACUAGAUCAUAUAAAAAGACGUCACAGGGGUUCGAAAGAAAUGCCACACGCUUGUGAGCAAUGCUCGGCUCGUUUCAUGAAAGAAGAAUCGUUAAUACCAGUCGGAGCGUGCGUAGCUUGUGCCAGCACGGCUCUCGCCGCUCAGGAGUUCCGACUAUUCGUAAGAAAUUCACAAAAAACGUGGUGGAAAGCCAUCCAAAAUCUCGCCAUAAUUCCGUACACCACCACACCUCCUGUCAAAUCUGUUUGUGCUUUCGUAAAACCAAGUGAUCUUUCUAUACAGACUUUCAAAGAUUACACUCAAGGUGACGCUCGAUCGAUCCUGAAUAGAUUGAAGAACCGUGUCUCCAAAAAACCUAUUGAAAGAAAGCCCAGGGGGGCACGUUCAGGGCCAUCUUGUAACUGCCCCGAUUGUGGAAAAUCGUUUUUAAGCCCUUAUUUCUUAAGUAUGCAUUUGAAAAACAGUGGGCAUAAGGAAGCUUGCCAAAUAUGCGGUUCUGUGUUGAUCAGAGGCAAAGAAAUGAAAGAUCAUUUGUCGUCCGUCCACAAGGAGAACGUAUUUUUAUGUAAACAAUGUCCAAUUUUAUUCACAAAUGAGAUACAGUUGAAAAAGCACGUAAAAAAAGCUCAUAAAGCAGGAGCACUAACUUGUUCAGAUUGUGGAAGAACCUUCCCAAGGUUGGCUUCUUUUGAAACUCACUCACAGAUGCACGCAGUCAGAACUUGUAGAGCCUGCGGUGUACAGUUUACCAAUCGGGGUUGCUACAGAGAACAUAGGUCUCAAUGUGAGCCUGACGCAAAGCCAAAUGCUCAAAGCUUUCCUAGAAACCGCCGCUCAAACAUCCGCGACCCAGCACAGUUUACUUGUGAUCACUGUGGCAAAACAUACAACUCCAGACCUCAACUCAAAAACCACAUAAUUUGGAUUCAUAUGAAUAUACGACCUCAUCAGUGUCAAUGGUGUGGUAAAAGGUUUUACACUCCCGCUCGUUUGGCCGAACAUACUGUUGUCCAUACUCGUGUUCGAAAUUUCGAAUGCGAUAUCUGUGGCGUGAAGCUCGUUUCUAAGAUGGCGGCUGUUUAUCAUAGACGGCGGCAUACAGGCGAACGGCCUUAUGAGUGUGAGGAUUGUGGUGAAAAAUUCAUAUCUGCGUCGCGGAGAUCGGAGCACGCUAAACGUAGACAUAAUAAAGGUUAUAGGAUACCAUGUUUAAAAUGUCCUGCUAGUUUCGUUAGAAAACAUGAACUAAAGAAGCAUAUGGAAAAGGCACAUAGAGCGCCAGAUGCUAUUUUGACGUGGUGA